UAUACGUCGCUUUUCUUGUUCACAGUUGGAAGUGUAUGUAUAUUUCAUUCCCUGAGGGCGGCCAUGUAUCGUGUCAUACAUGACAAUACAUAUAUUCUGUGUACUGGUGACGUAUGGUAUUAUACAAACGCGAUACGGUACUGUCGGCAUCGUAUCCAAUCAGCGAGACUCUUUCUCACGUGCUGCGCCUUUCCUGAACCAUCGGGACCUUAUUCCAUCUACCUUUCUCCAAAGAUUCCGUUUCUUCUUCCCUCGCCGUCCUUUGGUUUUAGACCGCGCUACGAAAACCAUACUUCCCUUUGCCUGACAUCACUCACUGUUACCGGGGUCUGCUGAACUUAAGCAGUGCUCAAGGACCUUUACGGUAUUCCUUCUCAACUGUUGAUCUAUUUCAAAUGUUUAUUCCUAAUACUCGUUUUAUCUCUCAUCUCGCAUCAGCUUAACAUAAUCUUAACCCAGCGAAAGCAGUCAAGUGUUUAGAGAUUGUGAAUACGGGGCUUAGAGACACGAAGGUUUCCCACACUUCCUGGCCUUGUUCCUGCUGUCCUCGCGCGUUUAAAUACUCCCACGAUAUUCGAAAGGACCCUCGUAUUCGGUGUGUGGCGGUUGUAUUAACUUGCUUUUUUCACUGCUGAGGAGAGGGGAUGGAGACGUAUAACGGACAUGUCCGCACACCCGCGGAUGCUAUUAUCUUAUUCGAAGCCUGCCGCAUCGGGCUUUUACCGCGAGUCCAGAGAAGAUUAUCAGAGAAGGAAAGGCAAGCGGUUAAAUCUGGCUCUGUGUUUGUUUGGGAUGAACGGGAAGCCGGAAUGAGAAGAUGGACAGAUGGAAAAUCAUGGAGCGCAAGCAGGGUAUCGGGAAGCUUCUUGACCUACAGAGAAAUGGAAGGGAAAAGAGGUGGCGGCCAUGGUACGCAGGCGUCAAGGGCAGGGAAAACUCCUGACAGUAAUAGAGGUAGCGAUGAAGAUCCCGGAGAGGGUGGGGAGGAAGGCCCAGAUGGAUAUCGCUAUAAGCCGGAUGGAUUAAUGAAACAGUCCUUCAGUAUAACAACAUCUACGGGUCAGCACCUCCAUUUAAUAAGCUAUUACGCACGAUCCCACCCAACCGCUCCUGGAUUGAAUCAGCCAUCCACUGAUCCAGCUCUGCGACAUAUCCGCCCACAGAAAGGCUUAUAUCCUGAAUCCAGUGUUAACGAUCAACAAAAUCUACCCGUUGUGACCCGUGGCCCUAUGUCCAGACCCGGAUUUUCAAUAUCACCGCACUCGCUCCCGUACGCUCGGCCCGGUGCUGCGCACGCUCAACCAUAUGCUACCGCCCCGUACAACUGGCAUCCACCUCCUAUUACAAGCGCACCACAUGUUGCAGUCAUGCCGUAUCCUGCCUAUUUGCCUCCUCUUGGGGCCUCCGAUGGGCAUUCAUCCAUUCCAUAUGGACACCACCCACACCAUCCCCAACUACCCGCUCCGUACGAAAGAUCGGUGCAUCCAGCCGACUCUACACUCCCGCCUCCAAUGCAACAGCACCUCCCAAAUGCUGCUAGCGGGCAGGUUGUCCCUUUCUAUACUCCCGCUCGAUCUCCAAGGUCCCACCCACCAAUCAUCAUAGGGGCUCCAAGAAUGGGUUCUCCCGGCCACCCUCAUGGGUCACCACAUAGCCACGCCCAGGCUAAUGGAACCUCACCUAAACAUGCUCCUAGCCCUGCCCCGUUGAAGAACAUCCCACUCCAUGACAAUGGCAGCCAAGAUAAUAAUAACAACGCUGUAUCAUCUUCAUCUGCUACAAAGGUUCCAAGCAUCAAUGCACUUAUGAACGGCCCACUCCCUCCAUCGACACUUGCCCCCGCCGGGACCUUGUCUAGUAUUCUUGACGGAUCACAGCCGCAGGCUCGAGCAAAUGGCACAGGUACCAGAAGCCCAAAACCCUAUGUGAGCUCAGGCAAUGGACCGAAAGACAUCCCCAGUGAAAAGAUUGGAUUUGGGGAAGAUAUGAGGGCGUUGAGACAACUUGAUAAGGUCUUUACUGCCUGAUUUACCUACGAGUGAUCUCAUUUGAGAUACUUUUAUCACAAGGAUGUAUAAUUUAUUUUCUCAACACUUAGGCGCACGUUUACAGACUGGCUUUCUGAAAAAGCGUGUGAUUUUAGCGACCCCACGGGAAUACCUGUUUUUCUCGGGUGGGGUUUUUGUUACAGGUCUGCAUGGGCGUUUUGUGAAUUAGGUGUGGUCUCCGUAUCUACGAGAACUACCUGUGGAUGCAUUUAAAACUGGGAUGGGAAACUACAUUUUACAUGGGAAUGGACUAAAAUCGGGCAGGCUAGGGUGUGUUUCUCUCAUUGUUGUCAUCACCAUCAUCAUCAUUGUUGUUGUUGUUAUUAUUAUUAUUAUGACAACUGUCUUGCUGAGUCCGCGUUUUACCCUGUUUUCAUAUCUAGUAUUUAUUAUGAAGAGUUUUUUAUAACUUCCAAGGUUUCUCAACAUUGAAAGAGGGAUGAAUGUGUUAAAUAAUGUUUGUUCUUUCUAACCAUUUUUUUCCCCCGGGGUGCCGCGAUGGAACCCAGUGUUCCUUUUUGUAUCAUUUUCUUCCUAUUGUAACACAAAUACAUGGCAAAUUGCUCCCGGUAUAUCUAAAUGCAAUGGCGGGGGCUUGCUUCCGUCUUCCCUUCAGCCAAAAAUCCAUAUCGAGGUGAUCGAUCUUCCUGCAGCACUAGCCUUCAAAUUGUGCCUGUAAAUACUAACGGCAGUAAAUGGAUUGCCAACUCCAACCUUUUUACGGACGUAUGGUGCAUCAUCUUUCAGUAAACGGACUACGGCUCAAUAUCAACCCGGUGUGUAAAUGGCUUCUCCCUCAUUGUCUCGCCCACAUCAGCAAAGUUACCAACACACCGGGGGGGUGUCAUCCAGGGCCACUGGUUCAUCCGUACUCCGUAAUUCAGCUCAGCAACGUAGUAAGUACUAGCCCGUCUGCGUGUUCCAAGAUUAGAAAACCUGCAGCCACAUUAGUAUUUAUAUUUGCAAAUAUGCUUAAUUUCGUUCCGCGACUAUAAAUAAUUUGGCGAAUACAAAACGUUAUUUAUUUAAGCUUAUAUAUACUUGUUCAUGUCUGAACAUUUCUAGUAACCACUUUUGUUUCUAGACAUUUUAUGGAUAUAUGUAUAAUAUUAAUUUCCGCUUAUCUUCACGCACGGAUGAAUAUAUGAGAGCAAAUCCCUACUUGGGUGUCUAGGAAAUACUCCAAGGAAAUGGCGAGCACCUUGGCACAUGUAUGGAUUUCGCUAUGCGGCUCCGAACCCCGAUAUCAUCCAUGUCAAGGCGCCAGGCUCCGGGGGGAAGGCACAUAGUUAGGACAUCGGCGCAUUUCACUUCAAACCAUAAGCUGAGCUAAAGACUACUUAAAAUUUCGGAGAAGGGGAGGGGGACCAAAAAUCCUUGUCGACCAAGCCGGAGAUAUCUUGACAAGAAUGUCACUCAACUCGAUUAUUCCCUGUCAUCUAUGCGAUAUAAAAUCGGCGAAGAUUCGUGUUUCUAGCGAAUAGACUUGAAAGUCCAAUUGUAAAGGUUGCAAAGCUUAUUUUGCUCCAUGGACUUCGUAGCGGACGAUUGAGAUAGAAAUAGAUCUUGCCCGAAGGAUCGGGGAGGUUGUGAAACAGAUCCUUACAAAACUGAGACUGAAAAAACGCUGAUUCAAUGAGACGCAGUGCGUUGAUUGACAGUUCUCCAGCCAUCAAAGGAUUCUUGUUAGUUCAUGUAUGGAUCCGAAGCGUAUUGGGGCUUAUUGGCAGGAGUGAAUGGAUAAAAAAAUUAUAUAUUUAUUAUGUCUUGAGUCCAGUUUGCAGUGAUAUAUUCCAAAUUAAGGUCGAAUGCAAAAAACAUGUCCAAAUUUAGGGGGUAGUAGAUCUCUAAGAGUCGUACACAAUUUAUAAACCAAUA